GAUCCAGCAGCAGCUCCACAGCUGGCCAAAGGAAUGAGGACAAGGGAGCCCAAACAGAUGAGGAAUCUAGCUCAUCUGAAUGCCAUCCACCAGAAGAGCCUGCACCAGCAAAAGGACCCAAGGGGGCAAGGCCAAAAACGGUUGGCAUGCCCAAACUGGAACCAGUGGAGGAAGAGACCCCAUGCAAAGAUGCCCUCAUGAGGAAGCAGAAGAAUAAACCCAAGGGCAAUGGCAAAGGAAAAGGAAAGUAG